AAGUAACACAGACAAUCUUCAUUUGUCCGACAGUCCAUCACCCAAUAAAUUGGGAGUCUGGGACUGAAACCUCUGUUGCGCUGUGUGUUUGGUUGCCUGAGUGUGGUCUCUGAGAGAGAGUGAGAGAGAGAGAGAGAGAGAGAGAGAGAGGGAGAGAUGGGUCGGAAAGAGUGGUGUCAGAGGGAGUUGGUUCCAUUUUCGGUUGUGAUCACCGUGGACAGCAUCGCGGUGGGCGCGACCACGCUGUUCAAGGCGGCCAACUCGAGAGGGAUGAGCUCCCACGUUUUCCUCGUCUAUGGUUACGCCAUUGCUUCUCUUCUUCUCCUCCCGGCUCCUUUCUUCUCUCUCAAAUCAAGAGUGCUUCCUCCUCUCAGCUUGGCCAUAUUUGCGAAAAUUGGCCUUCUUGGGCUCGUUGGGGGUUUUUCACAGAUUUUGGGCUAUGCUGGGAUUAGCCUGAGUUCUCCAACUCUUGGUUCAGCCAUCAGCAACCUCACUCCAGCUCUCACUUUCAUACUUGCCAUCCUUUUCAGGAUGGAGGAGGUGUCAUUGAACAAAAGAAGCAGUCAGGCCAAGAUCAUCGGGACCGUACUGUCAAUUACCGGCGCAUCUGUCAUCACUCUCUAUAGAGGUCCCCCAGUUAUCUUCACUCCGAAACCUUCUCUCUCGCCUUAUCCACUUGUGCACGCAUCGAACUCGAACUGGGUCGUUGGGGGAAUUCUCCUCACUGCUGAUUAUAUUUUGAUCACUUUGUGGUACAUUCUUCUGAAACAGAUAAUGAAGGUGUAUCCGGCAGAACUGACCGUAAUCUUCUUUUACGCUGUGGUUGUGACCUUCAUGACCGCCAUUGUCUGCUUUGUGACGGAACAUGAUAUGAGUGCUUGGAGAGUGCAGGGUAUAGGACUGGCCUCGGUAAUAUUGUCGGGCCUCGUUGAACGAUGCUUAUCCAGCAUCGUUCACACAUGGGCAAUCCGGUUGAAAGGGCCUUUCUAUGUCGCGAUGUUCAAGCCGUUGUCAAUUCCCAUAGCUGUUGCCAUGGGUGUCUUCUUUCUUGGAGACACACUUCAUCUGGGAAGUCUUAUAGGAGCGGCCAUACUGUCCAUUGGGUUCUAUAUUGUAAUGUGGGGGAAGGCUAAAGAGGAAAUGGUUGAGGAGUCUGUAGAGAGUCGGUUGGAAUCACCGUCCAUUCAAAAAGUCCCUCUACUGCGAUGACCGUUGAUACAAAUGAAGUGUAGAACAAAUUUUUUGAGAUGGAUAGAAGAUUGGUGCUGCUUGGAAGCUUUGUGAAAAGGAUUCCUCGCCCUCAGUAAGCCUGCACAAAUAGGUGUCCAUGUUGUACUUAUCAUUGAUCUAAGUCCAAGUAUCAAACCAUGACUGCCCGUCGAUCCCAAAAAACCAGAUUGCUUGUUCAAACCAUUGAGAGGUGUGGAUGGAGGGCGUCGCUCCAAGCACAAAACCGAGCUGUGGCUUGCAAGAAUAAUAAGUCUCUUGCUUCCAAGAUUAUCCAUCUUGAUGUGCAAGUCUCUAGUCAGUAGUUACAGAGAUAUGUUGCUUUGAAUUUGAAUCAAUGCUGCCUAAAAUGUAUUUCAAGAUGAAAAAAGAUGAACUAAGCGCACGUAUACCCGGUUGCCAAAAGUUUUUACGAUCUUAUGCACAUAUAGUCUCUAUAAAGGUGGUCUCACAUGAUUGUUA